GUGCGUCACUUGGAAGGCUCUACGCGAGCUUGACCGCGCGUGGCAAUGCAGAUCGAAUCCAACACGAAGUAUUGCAGAGUCGAGGGAGCAGCAUCCGAGGAGGACCGGCUGAGUGACCUCCCCGACGACGUCCUCCACUCGAUCGUCGGCAGGGUCCCCCUCAAACAAGCCGUACGCACCAGCGCCCUCUCCACGAGGUGGGCGUGCCUGUGGCUCCACGCGCUCGCCGCCUCCGCCGUCCUCGACUUCACCGACAGCGAAUUCGUCCGCGGCCAGUUCCUGGGGCGGAUCGUGGCCACGGUGAACCGCUGCCUGGAGGUCCACGGCGCGGCUCCCAUCGACGUGUUCCGCGUGGCGCUGUCCCCGUUCGAUGCGUAUGGGCGGGACGUCGUCCGGUGGGCCGCGACCGCCUUGGUUAGAGGCGCCAGGGAAGUGGGGGUGGACCUGACGCAGCAUGCCGACGUCCGCGGGGCUCUGGAGCUUCCCGUGGACCUCUUCCAGGCCGAGAGCUCCCUUGCGGUGCUCAGCCUUGGCCGGUGCAGCCUCCGCGACGUCCCGCCCGGCACGCCGGGGCUCGCCGGUCUCACAUCGCUCUCCCUCAACCAAGUCGACGUCACCGACGAUGCUGUCCGGGACGUGGUCUCCAGGUGCCGGCUGCUCGAGUUUCUGAGCCUGGAGAGCUGCCACCUUCUCGUGUCGGUGAGGGUCGCCGGCGACAGGCUGCGGGGCCUGGAGAUCGUGCGCUGCCUGGCCAUGCGCCACCUGCAGGUGGCCGCGCCCGUGCUGGAGUCUGUUGCCUACCACGGCGACGUCCUCCUCAUCUGGAGAGAGGACGAGCCGUCAGGCGUGGAGUUCGUUGGCCCAGGCGGCAGGACCGAUGCCAGGCCGGAGCUAAAGGACGCGUACCUGACCCACAUCGGCUACGGCGAAUACGACGAAGUAAUUCACGAGUUCGCCUACUCAGGCUUCUUGGAUCAGGUCGCGCAUGCCAAGAUUUUGACACUUUGUUCCGUGGGCAUGCGGCACCGGGAAGAAGAGCGACUGUUCGCUGAGGGCGACGUGGAUGCCCCGAACCUAGAAGAGCUGCAGCUGCUAAUGGACUCCAUCUCCAUGGGCGACGACGAUGUUACUCGCUUCUCCGGAUUCUUAGAGCUCGUCGUGGCGCCACUCCUCGAGCGCCUCUUUAUCCGGGUAAGCAUCCUGAUACAUGAUCCAUUCGAACCUGACUUGCCACGCUCCGACGCGUGCGGCGGCACGGCGGUGACCGGCGAGGGCGCGGAUAUCGUUCUCGAGUGCGAGAUCGCUCUCGACCACCUGACGUUCCUCAAGGUGGUGAACUUCCGAGGGACGAGGCGCGAGCUGCGGGUGCUAAGGUUCGUCCUGCGCAGGGCUCCUGUCCUCGAGCAGCUGGUGCUCGUCACACCGGAAGACGUGGGAACUCCGGGGGACCAUGACCAGCAGGAGAGCGUCCGCCUGCUCCUUAAGGUCGUCCAAGAGCACGUGUCAAAGAUCAGCAAGGCGUGGCUCUGGCAGGAGCCCCGCGUCACCUUGUGCCGGCCGAGGGAGGACGACGGCCGGAGCCCUGCACACACCAAGUACUACCACCAUGAUCAGGCAUAG